AUGCUUCUCUCCGGCUCAAUGGUCCGCGCUCUCAUCGCCACCGCCUAUAUUCUGACCAUCUCAACGUCUUCGGCUUUUACAUUCUUUUUCUAUUCCGAACCGGUGCUCUUUGCUUUCGUGAUCACCGCUGUCUCCCUGUUGGUACUAUCGUAUCCCAUACUGUGCAUCAUCACAGUAUCCCAUUCCUACGACCUACAAGUCAAAGGAUGCUGUCAACUCGAAUGGAUUCCAAUGGCAACGGAUCUAAUCGAAACGUCUGUAAAAUCACUGGAAGAGAAACCAUCGAAACUCGAUGAAGCGUUUGCAUACGCCUAUAUGUAA